GCAAACGUCAUCAUCGCGCGACGGAUAUAAGGUUGUAUGGCUUUUCCCUGACAGGGAAGCCCAGCGGUGUGGCUUCUGAGUGCCGGGUGUUGUGUAGGGGUCUUGGAGUAGUGGCAGAACCAGGGGACAGCAGCGGCUGGGCCAGAGCCCUUUGUUCUUGGGUGGCCCCCGGCCGGCUCUGAUAUUUUGGGGGCGAGAGAGGGAGUCGUUGACGGUGAAGGGAGAAAACUGGAUCUGGGACUCAAGAGGAAGGAGAGUGGAGGAGUUGGGAUCCUAAGGGUCAGGCGGGGGAAAUGAAUGGUUGUCGUGAUUGCGAGUAUAGAAGUUGGACCUUAGAAAAACGAUUCCACGUUCUCCAAAGGAUUCCGAAGACAUUUGUGUUUCUUCUCGUGACUGAUUUCAACUGUGCCAUGCUGUGGGUUUGGAUAGCGCAGUGUUUUUAUUUUCACUGACUGUAAAAGUGAAGGUGUUAAUCACUCAGGAAUAUAUUGAUUGAGGCAAUUUGCCCGCCGCUUUACUACUUGAAACAAAAUAUAUUUUGUAAGUGCAAUAUAGAAGAUUUAUACCUGCAGAAGAAAAACUAAGCUGCAUUUAAAAAACAAAACAAGGUUCUCGUGCCAAUCUUUCACCACCUUUGCUUUGACCACUGCUUUUCCCUAAGAUGAGCACCCACCCUUCCUCCAGUCUCUCUGACCCUGAGCGGCGAGUCCGGAACACGUUGAAGAAGGUCUUUGGGUUUGACUCUUUUAAGACGCCUUUACAGGAGAGGGCGACCAUGGCUGUAGUAAAAGGUGACAAGGAUGUCUUUGUGUGUAUGCCCACAGGGGCUGGAAAAUCCCUUUGCUAUCAGCUACCUGCACUGUUGGCCAAAGGCAUCACCAUCGUAGUCUCUCCUCUCAUUGCCUUGAUUCAGGACCAGGUGGACCACCUUUUGGCCCUGAAGGUACAAGUGAGUUCUCUGAACUCGAAGCUGUCAGUGCAGGAGAGGAAGGAGCUGCUCUCUGACCUAGAACGAGAAAAGCCUCGGACCAAGCUUCUGUACAUCACCCCAGAGAUGGCAGCUUCUACCUCCUUCCAGCCCACUCUGAGUUCCCUCGUGUCCCGCCACUUGCUUUCUUACUUGGUGGUGGAUGAAGCUCAUUGUGUUUCCCAGUGGGGGCAUGACUUCCGUCCUGACUAUUUGCGUCUGGGUGCCCUGCGCGCCCGCCUGGCACAUGCCCCGUGUGUGGCUUUGACUGCAACAGCUACCCCACAGGUCCAAGAGGAUGUGUUUGCUUCGCUACAUCUGAAGCAACCAGUUGCCACUUUCAAGACUCCUUGCUUCCGGUCCAACCUCUUCUAUGAUGUGCAGUUCAAGGAACUGAUUUCUGAUCCUUAUGGAAACCUGAGGGACUUUUGCCUUAAAGCUCUUGGACAGAAGACUGAUAAAGGGUUGUCUGGCUGUGGCAUUGUCUACUGCAGAACUAGAGAGUCUUGUGAACAGCUGGCCAUAGAGCUCAGCAGCAGGGGUGUGAAUGCCAAGGCUUAUCACGCAGGGCUGAAGGCUUCUGAUAGGACACAGGUGCAGAAUGAGUGGAUGGAGGAGAAGGUCCCUGUAAUUGUUGCAACCAUCAGUUUUGGGAUGGGAGUGGACAAAGCCAAUGUCAGGUUUGUUGCCCACUGGAAUAUUGCCAAGUCGAUGGCUGGGUACUACCAGGAAUCUGGCCGGGCCGGCAGGGAUGGGAAGCCUUCUUGGUGCCGUCUCUAUUAUUCUCGGAAUGACCGGGACCAAGUCAGCUUCCUACUCAAGAAGGAGGUAGCAAAACUCCAGGAAAAGAGAGGGAACAAAUCAUCUGAUAAAGCCACACUCUUGGCCUUUGAUGCCCUGGUGACCUUCUGUGAAGAACAGGGGUGCCGCCACUCUGCCAUCGCCAAAUAUUUUGGGGAUGCACCACCUGCCUGCAACAAAGGCUGUGACCACUGCCAGAACCCUGUGGCCGUGCGGAGGCAGCUGGAUGCCUUGGAGCACAGCAGCAGCUGGAGCAAGACCUGCAUCAGGCCCUCACAGGGAAACGGCUUCGACCCUGAGCUGUAUGAGGGAGGCCGCAGGGGCUAUGGGGGAUUCAGCAGGUAUGAUGAAGGCUCUGGAGGCAGUGGCGACGAGGGCAGAGAUGAGGCUCACAAGCGAGAGUGGAGUCUCUUCUAUCAGAAGCAGAUGAGUCUGCGCAAGGGCAAAGACCCCAAGAUAGAAGAAUUCAUACCCCCAGAUGAGGACUGUCCCCUGAAAGAAGCUUCUAGCAGGAAGAUCCCCAGGCUUACUGUGAAGGCCCGAGAGCACUGCCUGGGGCUUCUGGAGGAGGCUCUGAGCAGUAACUGUCAGGCUGCAGGGUCCACUGAAGGAGUGGACCUUCGCACCAGGGCUGUGGAGCUAGAGCACGAGAUGUUCCGAAAUGCCAAGAUGGCCAACCUCUACAAGGCCAGCGUGCUGAAGAAGGUGGCCGAGAUCCACAAAGCCUCCAAAGGUGGGCAGCUGUAUGACAUGGGAGGUGGCACCAAGAGCAGCAGUGCCCAGGUGGAGCCCCCAGAGCCCGAUGAGUAUGACAUCCUACCAACCUCCCAUGUGUACUCGCUCAAAGCCAAGAGGGUGGGAGCUGGCUUCCCCAAAGGCUCCUCCCCAUUCCAGACGGCCACUGAGCUAAUGGGAAAGUCUCAGACACAGUCUGUAGGGGAAGGUGAGCGGGAGCCCCCCAGCCAGCCCUGUGUUCUCCAGGAAGAGGACAGAAGUGAGCCCCUCCCUGGGCCAAGUGGAGAGGCCCCUACUGGUACUGCUUAUUGGCCCCCAGAGAAGAGGAUAAAAUGCUCCUCUGGAGACAGGUCUAUGGACAAGGCCCGGACCAACAAGAAGCAGCAGCGUCUAGCUGCAGCAGCUCCUAAGGAUUCUCAGAGUAUCGCCCGCUUCUUCUGCCAGAAGGUGGAAGAUCCACCUGCACUUGCCUCGGCCCCAAGGGCAGAAGGUAUCAGUCCCUCCUGUGGGGGGGUGCAGGGACCUCUCAUGGCCCCAGAGAAGUACACACAGGAGGAAGAUGGAGCCCAGGGACAUAUGACUGCCCUUCACACAGAGGAGCGUUCUGGGGAGCGGCCAAGCACCUGCCCACUCAGAGAUCAGGGGAUCCUGGAAGCACUGCCCCAUCCUGCAAAGGAUACACAGAGAGGCAAGCGGCAUCAGCAGGAGAACCCAGAGAUCCCUGCUCAGAAGAGGCCUCGCACCUCAGCCAAGCCCUCCAUCUUAGCAGAGGGCAAGGGCAGCACUUCAGCCAGUGAUCAGGGCACGUUGAAUGCCAUAGCCCAAUACCCCUGCCAACUCUCAGCUCCUGGCAUCUCCCUGAAGGAGGCUGCCGAUGUUGUGGUCAGGUACCUGACCCCUUUCUACAAGGAGGGCAAGUUUGCAUCCAAGGAGCUGUUUAAAGGCUUCGCCCGCCACCUUUCACACUUGCUGACUCAGAAGACCUCUCCUGGAAGGAGUGUGAGGGAAGAAGCCCAGAGCCUCAUCAAGCAGUUUUUCCAUGGCUGUGUGAGGUGCGAGAGUGAAGCGGACUGGCACAACUUGUGUGGCCUACAGAGAUGACCCACUGCUGGCCUCACAGAGCUGGCCACCUCCCCAGACUCAUGAGCCAGCCUAGGCCUUGCUCAGAAGUAGGGGGCUGUGCAGGCCUGCUGGUGCCAGGGGCACCAUCUUUCUCAGGGUCCUUCCCCCGCUAGCCAUAGCUCACUUUGGAAGUGGUUCCAGGUGCUUCCGAAGUCAAGUCGGAGGCCAGGGGUCAGCCCACCUUCCUGCUUGCACAGCCUGUGGUUCUUCUUCAGUGUCUUCUUGUCUCCCCUAGCCCUCAUGGCUGGGUUUUCUGGGUCAGAUCCCCAGGUUAGAAGGUGGCAGGUGGUGUGGCUGCCAGCAGGGGCAGGGCAAAAGUGGCCCUCCCAUCUCAUACUCAACAAAUUCUUAGCCAGGGGCAAGGCCCACCUGUCUAAGGUAUGGGGCCUGCUCAGGGCCUCUGCUCACCCUCUUCCUUUAAGAUGCCAGCUUUGCCUCAGAUGCAGAGCUGGUGGGAAGAGGGCUGGCUGAUAGGCCCCAUGCCUGUCUCAGAUGCAGGCCUGACUGAUGUUUACAAAAGGAAUAAAAUAUUGUUUGCCCAACACACAUGUGGAGUUUAUGUGGGAG